AUGACUUAUAAAUGGAAUAAAAAAUGGGAUAAAGAUUUACGUUUAAUAAAGAAACAAAAUUCAAAUAAAAAUGAAUUUAACGAUGAAUUUCAAUAUACAAAAAAUAAAUCUAAAUAUAAUGAUAAUAAAGAUGAUGAUAGUAAUAAUAAUGAAUAUAUCAGAAAAUCUAAUGAAGAAUAUUCUAAAUCAUUGAAAAAAUUGAAUAAAAACAAAAUAAAUGAUAUUGUUGACAUGGCUUUAAAAUAUUGUAUUAAAAAAUUUAACAUUAAAGAUAAAGAAAGAAAAAAUUACAUGAAAAAUAAAUUUGAGAAUUAUAUUACAGAGAUAAAUGAUAAUUUUGAUAAUAUUGAAACUUUUGAAUUUGAAAAUGAAAUUGAAGAUGAUCUUGAUUCUAAAUUUAUUUUGAUAUUUAAAAAAAGGAAAUAG